AUGGAAACCAUGCAUGAGCUGAUCCCCUUCGCCAAAGAAAUGCUCAGCCAGAAGCCCAACAGGAAGAUGGUCAAGCUGUACAUGCUGGGCAGCGUGCUGGCUUUCUUUGGUGUCGUUAUCGGUCUGGUGGAGACAGUGUGCAGCCCGUUCAUCUCAGAAGGGAGGAUAGAGGAGGAGGAGGAGAAGAAACCUGCCCCGACACAAGAGCAAAAGCUUGCCCAGAAGCAGGAGGAUUUGAUCUUGGAAAAGAGCAAGAAGCCGGUGGUGAUGCAGAGGGCCCUGGUGACCAGGCAGCACGCCUCCUGA